UCGUGGGAGCUCCCUCGUCGUCGCCACAUCGUUGUCUCUGUCGCUGUUCAGAGUCGAGUCGAGUCAAGUCGAAGCGCGUCGAAUCGAGUCGAGUCGCUGCUCUUCGCCCGUAGCGUUUUUAUUUUUUGCACAGACCCAACUAAUCAGAAGUGAAAUUCAAUUCGUGGCUCGUUGAAGCGCGCUCGGUAAAAAAUCGCACAGAGAGCUUGAAAAUUAAAUUGAAUUAAAUAAGCCGAAAAAAAAAACAGUGCUGCUGCAUAAAUUUCACAGAGAAAAGAACGUGCGCUUAAAGGCUCUCAAUUGCAUAAAUAUAUACAAGUAUAGAAAUAAUUAUUAAAUAAUAACGUGCUGUUUCAAGCAAUUUGAACUGAGUGGAUCAAUUAACUAAGAUGCAGUACAUUUAUGUGAUUAGUGCGCUGAUUCUGGCAAUUGCCGUGCAGCAAGGCGCCGCCAUAAAAUGCUUCGUCUGCAACAGCCACAAAGACGCCAACUGCGCAUUGGACAUGCCGCCAGAUAAUUUGCUGAAGGACUGCCAGGAGCACUAUUCGUCGCGCGAUAAAGGAAUUCCCACCUUUUGCCGCAAAAUAACGCAAGUUAUUGAGUUCGCUGUCAAUGGCUUGCCUCCAGAGAGCCGUGUAAUACGCACCUGCGGCUUUUUAAACCAAACCUCGAACAGCUACUGCUAUCAACGGGCCGGCUUCGGUGGCCGCCAAGUGGUCUGCUCCUGUGAUACGGACAAUUGUAACGGCGCCACCUCGCUGAGCAGCUCGACGGUGGCUGUGGUGGGCGCGGCCGCUGUGGUUCUGGGAGCCCUUCAAUGGCUACAACGUUAAGUGCUGGAGAGCGCUAAUAUUGUUUUUGUUUUCUGUUUUGUUUGUCUUUAAUUUUUGCUAUUUAUUAUUAUUUGUUUUCUUCGUUUGGCCCCGAACCUGGACUUUGAGUUUUGAUUUGAACGCCCAGCACAGUUUUUAUUUAUUUAAUUAGAGAUUUAAAAAUUGAACUGCUAGAAAACAUGCUAUAAAUGUGAUCUGGCGCAGGCAUGAUAGAAAUGAAAAACAAAGGCAGAAAAACAGAUGAAAAGGCAACCAAAUAUAAUAAAGACAUUUCUAACAAACAAGAAAGUGGAAAAGCUUUAUAACAAAAUGUGUAAACUUUAAAUGUUGUAUAUACAUACAAAUGCGAAUUGGCCAACAAACAUCUCCGGAGUUCAAAAGUAUUUUUAAUUAAUAUUUCCAAAAAAGGAUUAAACAAAUAAUUAAAACCUACCGCAGUUAAAUUCAAGCCCAACAAGAUGAAGUAAAAUAUUUAUAAAAUGAAAAAUAAAAUAAAAUAAAAUACAAAUGCCCCGCAUGAUAAAUAAGUAAAAAAGAGUAAAAUAAAAAACUAAAGCAAACCAGCAUGCUGUAGUAUUCAAACAAUUUCUUCUCAUUUACAACGGUUUGUUAUUUUCGUAAGACUUCAAGAACUUUUCUAAACUAAACAUCCGUUUAUUGGCUAACAAUGCGCUAAGCUAAACUAAAUUACUAAAAUAUUACAAAGGUAAUUAAAUGAAAUGAAUAAACAACCAAUAAAUGUCAGCAAUUGUAAGAGUCGCCCCACUUUAACGCAUAUUUAAGGACAUACAUACAUACUAUAUACUAAGCGAUGAUUCCCCCAACUCGUAGGUUAGUCGUACACGCUUUGAUAUCCGUGUCCCAUACACAACACUUAGAAAAUAAACGAAAACCAAACAAACACACACAUACAUACACAAAUACACAAACACAUACAAAUGUUGUAACAACUGGAACUGCCAGGUCGAAGUCUUUUAAACGUGAAAUAAAUCAUCUAGCACCGCCAAUCAAUGCUGCACAACGACUACGAUGGGAGCAGGACGAGAACCAAGAAAAGGAUUACAAAAAAUUUAGCAAAUAAUAAUUGUUUUGUCCAUAGUUCCAAAAUGAUUCAUAUACAUACAUACACAAAAGUUAAAUGUUAAACGAACCAGAGCUACAAAUUGGCAAAUUCUGAGCGCCAAACGUCACAAUGGAAUGCAACAAAGAUUUAUAGGAAAAUUGUUUAGUUAAAUCCCUCCUCUGAAAUACGAUAUGUGUAUUUAGAUUGCAAUAAAAUUGUAAAAUGUUAAAAAAUGGAAAACAAUAAAUAUGAAUACAAAUAAA